AUGGAAAUCUGGGCAGCUAGUGAUACUCAACCAAUUACUCAUCCAAUCAUCGACAAAAAAGCACCAGUACAAGUCAACACAGCAACACACUUCCCAUACCUAGAUCUGGAUCUGUACUGGCAAAAUCAACAGAAUCUCCAAUUCAAAGUUCACCUGAAACCCAACCAACAACUCCUUUACCUCAACAAAGGCAGCUCCCACACAUCAACCUGCUUCGAUUCCAUUCCCAGAGGAGUGUGUCACAGGUUAGCAAAGCUCACUACAGUCACAGAAGAUAAUGCAGAUACAUCACUCCAAGAUCUGUACCCUGACCACUUUGCAGCUUUGAAACAUGCCAACCUCAUCAACAAGCACACAAUGCCAAAGAUUCCCACCCUUCGAGAAGCCAAUCACAUCUUCAAACCCAAAUCUCCAACAAACCGGCAACUCCAACAAAAGAAACGAGAUGCUAGAAGAACAACAUACUUUUGCAUUGGCUACUCCAAAGCUUGGACAACUCCCAUUUGGAAAGUGAUUCAGAACCUCAUCCAAAACAAGUAUCCAACCCUCAAAUGGAUUAGACCUGCAAUGUCAUACCACAGAUUCACCAACCUGCGAGAAAUUUUCAAUGGAGACAUUAUGACCAAGCUCAAUACUGGAAUUGUCUCCCUUGACUUUACAACCCGCCCAUGCAACUGCACCAACCGUUUGACAGAUGGAUGUGCCUACAACAACCACUGCAGAAAACCCAUUGUCAUCUAUGAAGCAACAAGCACCCAACCUCCCAAUACUGCAUCCAGCCCCAAAUCCUACAUCGGCGCCACACAAAACUUCCUCAAGCUCAGAAUGUCAUCACAUGUCAGUGAAACAAAACGCCUAUGCCAAUUCCUACGCGGCAAAAAACACAAACCCAAGAACUCGGACACCUUUGCUUGGCACUUUGCUGCCAAAGCAGUGGCAACCACCACAGGAGACCCCACAGCAUCUGACAUUCGGAAACUCUACAACCUCAAAAUACUGUGGCAGGGCAACCCCUUGUCCACAGUCAAAACGUUCGGGACAAAUGACUGCAUUCUAUGUAAUCAAGAACGGCUUCACAUCUUCAAACGUAUGAGAAACAAACCUUCUACACUUCUCAACAGAUGUGAAGAACUAUUUAAUACAUGCCGUCACAAACCACGGUUCCACCGGUUCACCCAUGCAACCCCAGUGAGCAGUACUGAUGAGCCCUCAAUGGGCGAAAAAGUGCCAACAACCAUUGAUGUUUAA